AUGGAGCCACAACCUCCCGACAACUUUGAGGGUGAUGCCGACCAGUAUAAUUAUGCAGCACCUGAUUACUCUAGUUAUCAAAUGAGUGACGGCCAUGGAGCAUACCCUCACCAAUUUGUCAAACCUAUGGAAAACUCUUACCAUCGACCUCCGCCAGGGUUUAAUCCUCAAUAUAUGGGGCAAUCGAGUCAAAUGAUGAAUAAUAUGAUGCCUGUCUCUGCUCCGAUGAACCAAAAUUUUGAAGGUUAUAGUUACCAGUAUGGAGAGAAUGAAGGUGGUCAUUACCAAGCACCGGUAAUGGCUCCACCACAAUAUGCUCCAAAUAUUUCUUCUCAGCACAAUAAUGAUCAAUUUAUAUAUAAUACUCCUAAAGUGCAGCCUACAAAUAUGUUUCAUGGUCAAAAAGGGUAUGGAGAAACUGCCAUGCAUUCUUCCCUAUCGCCUAAAAGAUUGAAUGCUGGGUCUCCUCUCAUGAGAAGACCUCUUCCAAAGCCUGCUGAUGACUUUUCCUCCAGAUUUGGAUUCACCCAAGACUACUCAAUGCAGGCGCUAGAUGAGGAGAAUAAAGGUGGCCAAGAAGUUACAGAGAUUUUUAAGCCGAGUUCAAAUCAGGAUAUAGAAGAACAAAGUACUCCUAAAGAUCAAGAUGAAGACUCAACGAAUGUUAUAAAAUUAAAGAAAACAGGAAAGCCAGGUAGAGCAAGAAGGAAAUCAAGCACUCUCGAUAUGCUCGAGACCGACAAUUUCUAUAAGCAGGUUGAAGAACAAAUUGAAAAGGUUAAAGAUCAAAAUACGACUGAAAGUGGCUCUGAAGAAAUUACUUCAAAAGCUAGUAAAGGAAGCUCUCCGAUGAAUUCGUUAAGGAAUAGUUUAAGAGGGAAGAAACUUUGCGCUCCAUAUCGCCCUGCUAAUUACCAGGCAACUCAUUUAUCCCCCUCACCAAAAAGAAUGAACCCUUUGAAUAGCCCAUCGUUGAGAAGUAUGAGAAGUGGAACCUUUUGUUCAAACCAACCACCUCCAGCAAAAACCCAAGAUUUUGAUUACGAAGACCAGGACAAUUGCGGAUUCUCUCUUCAACUUAAUCGGACUGAGGAUGAAACUCCAAUUAUGGGAGCUAAUUUUCAGAGAUCCUAUAGCCAUAGUAUGAAAUAUAAUGAUAGUUCGAGGAUCCAAGGCUACAACAAUGGAGGAGCUCCGCAGCAAAUGCACCCAAAUAUGCAUCAUCAGAAUAUGCACGGAACUCCUUUUGUAAAUCACCUUGGCUAUUCUCCUUACGAAAGGGACACAUAUUCUCCAGAUGUGAAUAGGAGAACUUAUGUUGAUCCACAUCAAAUGAAAAGAUACAACCAUCAUAACCCCCAUAUGCUUCAGGAAAACUGGCAAGGGUAUCAUCAUAGUCAAUUUCAGCCCCAGGCUUAUCCCAAUCAGGCUCAAAUGAGGCAAAGCGUCCCUGAAAAGAGUAUGAAAAUGAGGACUGAUAGCUCCCGCUCAAGUUUUGACAUGAAGAGUGUCUCCCAAGGAGAAGAUAUGGAAGCUAAAUCCCUUUCAAAUUAUGAAGAAGGGCUAAAUGGCUAUGAUGUCAACUCCCCUGAGCUAGUUGAGAAAGCAUACGAGUUUGCUAAAGACCAAGCCGGAUGUCGGCUUUUACAGAAGAAAAUAACAGACGGCUCAAUGAAAUCUGUUGAAGAAAUAUAUGACAAGAUUCUUCCAAAAUUUGUUGAGCUGAUGAACAACCCUUUUGGUAACUAUCUUUGCCAGAAAAUCACCGAAGCUGUUGACGAAGACAAGCUCAGAUCUAUUAUUGAAAUAAUUGAAGAAGAUGUGUAUCAAAUCUGCUGAAAUGCUCAUGGCACGAGAGCAAUUCAGAAGAUAAUAGAGUGUGCAAAAAGUUCAGAACUUAUAGAGUUGAUCAUAAACCUUCUCAAAGACUAUGUUCAAGAUCUAGUAAAGGAUAUUAAUGGCAAUCAUGUAAUUCAGAAAAUUUUAUUUACCUUCAAAGCUCCGAAUAAUGAGUUUAUCUUUGACUCUAUGAUAGACCAGUGUAAAGAAAUUGCUUGACACAAACAUGGAUGCUGAGUGAUGCAAAAAUGCAUUGAAGGAGCAAAUGAUGAACAAAGGAAAAGACUUAUUGAUGAAAUCAUCCUGCAUACACAGGAGCUAGUCAGAGAUAAAUAUGCUAAUUAUGUCCUCCAGUUGAUCCUUGACAGAGAAGAUCUUGAGAUAAACUCAAGAAUAGGCCAAGAACUUGUAGAACCUCUUCUAGAAUUAGUAACUAAUGCAGAUACAAGGAAAUAUUCAUCAAAUGUUAUUGAAAAAUGCCUCCAGAUUAAUAAGAGAGAAGUUAUCAAUGCCAUGGUGAAGGAGAUGGCCAAAGCUGAGAGUUACUUGCAGUUCCUACUUGAUCCGUAUGGCAAUUAUGUUGUUCAAAAGACACUCUCUGUAGCUGAAAAAGAAGAAAAGCUUAUAUUAAUUUCAAAAAUAAAACCAGAAAUGGAAGAACUUAGGAAAAGAAGUGAUCUCGGCUCUAAAAUAUACAAUAAACUUAUUCGAGCUCACCCUUCCUUACAAAUCAAAGGAAAGGGUAGUAAAAACAAAUAAAAAGAGCAAGAGUAUCCAAAAGAAAAGCGGAGGACAAGGUAGAGUCCAAGCCAAAAAGAAGGGGGAAGAAUAUCCAUCUCCACCUGAAAUAGCCCCUAUAUAUCAGUCAUAUAGUAGUCAGGCUGCUAAUAUUUUCCAACCACACAACACACAGGGAUACUAUCCUUCAUAAAAACCCCUCUUGACAAAACUAACUGAGGUAUAAUCUCAGUUCUCAAGAGGAGUAAUCACUAGUAAUACCAUAUCUGAAUGCUUGUAAUAUACCCUACUCAAAACUCAAUAUUUC